CUGUCCGAAACGCUGAGCACUAGCUGCACUGCAUGAGCAGCAUGCUCUUCUUAUCUCGUCCAAAGUUCAGGGCGACAUCUCGGCAGAGACGCCACACGUAGUCUUAGAGGUCCUCCCAGGUGGAUCCAUCGCUCCGAGGAACGGUUGUGGGGCUGCACCUACUGCCCGCAACAUAGCUGCUGAUGACAGCAGCUGGAACUUGAAAGGCUGGAGAAGCCAAUUCGCAUUCUUCCACCUUGAAAUUCUGCAUACAGCAGGGAGUGGUGUUGCCUGAUCUGCAAACAUGUCUGACAAUGGAAGCACGAGUCGUGGAGCGUCAACUUUUGCUCUGAUCUGCGCAGGUGCUGCAGUAGCAAUUGCAGCUUACGCCGUAUAUCAGAGGGUCUAUGUGGUGAAAGCAAAGUCGACUGCAGCUUAUAAGCUCGAAGAAUUCCGCAAGGCCGCCUCUACACCUUUGUCCAAGCUGCGGUCCAUCUCCAAUGCGCUGUGCACGGAGAUGCAUGCUGGCCUCAUCAAAGAUGGGGGAAGCAGGCUGAAGAUGCUAAUCUCAUAUGUGGACGAGCUCCCCAAUGGCCAUGAGCGAGGCGUGUUCUAUGCGCUGGAUCUGGGAGGUACCAACUUUAGAGUCAUGCGCGUUAAGCUGGCAGGAAAAGCUAAGCGGGUGGACAAGUCCGAGUCAAUUGAGGUCAGCAUCCCACCGGAGGCUAUGUUGGGCACGAGCGAGGAACUCUUUGACUUCAUCGCCAAUGAGGUUGCGAAGUUUCAAAAGACCGAGGGCCCAGAGUACGGCUCCCUGCCACCUGGCCAGAAGCGGGAGCUCGGUUUCACAUUCUCUUUCCCUUGCAACCAGACGGCCAUUGAUGGAGGCACUCUGGUCAGGUGGACAAAAGGCUUCAAAGUUUCUGGCACAGUUGGCAAGGAUGUUGUCAAGCUGCUUACUGAGGCUCUGACCCGUAAGGGAGUGGACAUGAGAGUUGCGGCUCUGGUGAACGACACGGUCGGCACGCUGGCAGGGGGCCGGUACAACAACAAUGACGUCAUGGUGGGCCUCAUCCUGGGCACUGGAUCAAACGCCUGCUAUGUGGAGGACAUCCACGACAUCCCAAAGUGGACGGGAGGCCCUGUGGAGUCCGGGGAAAUGGUCAUCAACAUGGAGUGGGGCGACUUUUACUCAGCGCACCUGCCCAUCACCGACGUGGACCGCGAGCUGGACGAAGUGAGCGUGAACCCCGGGGAGCAGCCGUUCGAGAAGCUCAUCUCGGGCAUGUACCUGGGCGAGAUCGUGCGGCGGGUGCUGCUCAAGCUGGCCGAAGAGGGCGAGAUUUUCGACGGCGUCACGGAGAAGCUUCGGGAAAGAUUCGUGCUCAAGACUCCCGACAUCAGUCAGGCACAUGGAGACCAGACCGUCGACCUUACAGCUGUUGGCAGGAUGUUGAAGAACAGAUUUGGGAUCGAGAAGUCCACCAAGGAGGAGCGGGAGCUGGUCGUCGACCUGAUUGAGACCGUGGUCGAGAGAGGCGCGCGCCUGGCGGGGGCGGGGAUCGUGGGCGUGCUUAAGAAGAUUGGCCGGGACGGCAGCAGCAAGCGCUUCAGCUCUUCGCAGAAGUUGAACGCACGGCUCACGGCGGGGGCACCGACUGUGGUGGGGGUGGACGGAGGCCUCUUUGAGCACUACGCGUUCUUCCGGAACACCAUGCAAGGAACCAUCGGGCAGCUGCUCGGGGACAAUGCGAAACUCGUCAGUUUGGAGCUUACGAAAGACGGGUCAGGCAUAGGUGCAGCCUUGCUGGCGGCAACGUACUCCAAGUACAAGACGAAGUAGGUUCUAGGAAGGGGUCCAAAUGUUUUUGCUAGGAUUAGGCAUCAGUAACGAGGGGCGGUGUGAUUCGCAGGUUACUCGACACCUAGAGAAAGGUAAGCACACAGGGGUGACGUUUCUUCCCCAGGUUGAGGUAGCGACCAGCGAGUUGUCCGACAAGUACCGACCGGCCCACUCCGCGUAGGUUUGUUGCUGCAAAAUAACGUCAAUCAAUAAGAUCUUUACACAUGCAGGAGAAGGUGAAGGCAAGGACUUCAAUCCUUUUGGCUGCCAGUUGUCGAAAGAUAGUAGGUUUUGUUCAUGUCGCAUUAGUCAAUCAUGUGUCUGGCCGUGCAGAUCAAGGUGUUCAAACCAGUAAUUCUCGACUCGAACAACCAGAUUACGCAUGCCAUCUUGUUCAAACAGAGGCACAAAGCUAUAGAUCGCCGAUGCACCCAUUGAUCCAAAUACAAAGAUUUUUGAAUGCCC